GGGGAAGUGAGGGACGCGCCGCCGCUGAGGCAGGCCCCGCGCUGCUACCGCCGCCGUCUUCGUCCGCCUGUGCUGGUGCCGCCGCGCCACGACCCGCUGGCUGGGUGUCAGAGAGGCCAGCCCGAGCGUGUUGAGAAGCAAGAUGGUCCAUGCUGAAGCAUUUUCACGUCCCCUGAGCCGGAAUGAAGUGGUUGGAUUAAUUUUUCGUUUAACCAUUUUUGGUGCUGUAACAUAUUUUACCAUUAAGUGGAUGGUUGACGCCAUUGAUCCAACCAGAAAGCAAAAAGUAGAAGCUCAGAAACAGGCUGAAAAACUAAUGAAGCAGAUUGGAGUGAAAAAUGUCAAGCUUAGUGAAUACGAAAUGAGUAUUGCUGCACAUCUCGUAGACCCACUUAGCAUGCAUGUAACCUGGAGUGACAUUGCUGGCUUAGAUGAUGUUAUUACGGAUUUGAAAGACACUGUCAUUUUGCCCAUCAAGAAGAAAUAUUUGUUUGAGAAUUCCAGGCUCUUACAGCCACCAAAAGGAGUACUUCUCUAUGGCCCUCCUGGUUGUGGCAAAACUCUCAUCGCCAAAGCUACAGCAAAAGAAGCAGGUUGUCGCUUUAUUAAUCUCCAGCCUUCAACACUGACAGACAAAUGGUAUGGAGAGUCUCAAAAGCUGGCUGCUGCUGUCUUCUCCCUUGCUAUAAAGCUCCAGCCAUCCAUCAUUUUUAUUGACGAAAUAGAUUCCUUCUUGCGAAGUCGAUCGAGUUCUGACCAUGAAGCUACAGCUAUGAUGAAAGCUCAGUUCAUGAGUCUGUGGGAUGGACUGGACACAGAUUAUAACUGCCAAGUAAUAGUGAUGGGAGCCACCAACCGUCCUCAGGAUCUUGACUCUGCAAUCAUGAGAAGAAUGCCGACCCGGUUUCACAUCAACCAACCUGCUCUGAAACAACGAGAAGCAAUCUUGAAGUUAAUUUUGAAGAAUGAAAAUGUGGACAGGCAUGUAGAUCUCCUGGAAGUUGCUAAAGAGACUGAUGGCUUCUCAGGAAGUGAUCUGAAAGAAAUGUGUCGGGAUGCAGCACUCCUCUGUGUCAGGGAAUAUGUUAAUUCUGCCUGUGAAGAAGAGACCCAUGAUGAAGAUGAAAUCCGGCCUGUGCAGCAGCAGGAUCUCCACAGGGCAAUUGAGAAGAUGAGAAAAUCCAAGGAUGCUACACUGCAGAAUGUUUUGAUGCAUGUUAGUUUAGAUUAAGACAAAAGAGUGUGUUUGCGGUUUCUGAUAUGAUUUAGGUUGACUUCUGUAAUUGGUUAGCAAAAAUAAUGUCAGGGGGUGGGAGCAGGGAUGUUCCUUGAAUAAGGGAAUUCUGUUUCUGGAAUUGUUUUUAUACAAUAAAUUCUAAGUUAUUGAAAUUUCAUUAUGCACAACUAGAAGUGUAACAAUAUAUCAUAAGUGGAACAAUUAUAGCCCAGACCAAGAGCAACUGCCUGUGUCUUGUCCUGUAAUCGAUACACUGUAUAGCCUUAAAGCAGGUUCUGGUGUGGUGCAUGGGUUUGGCAGGUCACCAGCGUGGAGGGCAAAGAAUCUAUUACCAGUUUGUGUAUAUAUGUACGAGCGUGUGUGUAUGUAUUAAAUGUAUAUAUCCACACCUUUUUUUAUAUAUAGACAUAAUCUGUAGAUAACUUGAGUAUGGGAAAUCUUUUCUACUUACUGAAUCAAAUCAAAUCAGAAGAUAUAUAGAUUAAAGAUUCGUCGAUACUCAAUGCACAUUUACUUCUUCCUUUUAGCAGCAAGUAUGAAGAUAGGAAUUCUGCUUCUAGAAUAACUUUCAGGCAAAAUUUGAAAUGUUACUGAUUUUCCUUGCACAUGACCACUUGAAAUCUGGUGCCAUUUAGUAAAGAUAGUAAACUUCUGUAAAAAUGUUUGAAUACUUUUCAUUCUGUAUGAAUUCUGCUUUUUGAGGCUUUUUAAAUGAAUGCUGGUUUUAUUUUUCCCUUGAUAUGAGUAAUUAGAGUAGAAUCGUAACUGGUCUUUCAUAAAGUCCCAGAUAUUAUAAGCUCUCUGAAAUUGUGGCUUUCUGAUCUAUUAUGCAUUGUAAUGAGGACUUGCUGCUAUUUUAAUCUCCUCUGGAAGCCUGGCUGCUGCGCUGUGGCGUUGUACCAUGAAGUGUCAUACACGUAGCUCUGAGGCACGGGGGAACAUUUUGUGAUGUUUUGCUCUGUCACAUGCUCUGAUCCACAAAACUCAAGAAAAGAGAAUGGGAUUUAGGUUUAUAAAUGUGAUUUACCAAUGUUCUGCUGUACUUGCUGGUAACAGUUUUAGUAAAUUCCUGUAAUGUUACGUAGUGAUAAAGGCAAAGAGCUGGAAAUGUAAGUGGCAAAAGUGUUUUGGUACAGUUAUUGUCACUAGGUUUUCAAUAACUUGAUUUUUCUUCUUCUAAUAUGAUGAAUUGUGCACUAAUACAACACAAAUAUGUAAUCAGACUUGUUCAAACCCCCAAGCUGCUAGCAGAGCUCUGCUAGCUGUUGAGGGAAGGUAAGCACUGAAAGCACAGUAAGGAUGUAAUGAAAAAUGCACUGCAAAGUAAAAUAAAGACAGCUGGAGGCAGCCAUGGUGCAGUAUCAUGUGCUGAUGACAAUUUACAUUAAGCACAGCUUUCUCACUGUGUCCUUUUGUCUGGCACACUGGUUGUAUAAGGCACCAGGUGCAGUAGGUCUUAGUUUGACCCAGUUUAGCCUCCUUGGGUACAGAAUAUGGGUUAAAAAUAAUUUGGUAACUGUUUUUUUUUUUUUUUAUACGGGGAGAGAAGUCUUCGGUAAAUGCAUAUUGCUUUAAUACAAGGACAUAGGAAACUGGGCACACGGAAAUACUGGGCUAUGGAAAUCUAAGAAAUGUGAGCUAUGGAAUGCUAAUCCCACAACUCUGUUAGUGACAGGAUAUAAGGCAGUGAUGUGAGCCAGUGCUAGCUCUGUGAGAGACUGAGUUCAAGAACUAGCCUUAAACUUAGAUGUGCAGAUAGUGUUACUGGAAGCUGGUUUCUCAGAAGGUUUACAUUAUGCAUGUGUCAGAUGAAGUUCUCCAGCUAUUCAGUCUGUUCUCAGUGCCUGCUUUAGCUCUGGACUACCCCCAGCCCUCUCAGUAGUUACACCUCAGAAAUUCCAGGCUGGUGCAAUAAUGCAGUUAGUCCUGUGCCUCCUCCCUUUGUUUGGGGUGCUCCUACCUUGUAAGCAUCUAGUGCAGGCAGCUAGAAAAUGCUGUCUUCAUUGGUUUUAAUUGAGUGUAAAGUGUGUCCUCAGAGGAGUUUAAAUGUCGAACAGUGCACAAACCCUUGACUGUUUGCAGGUGCUGAGGGCAUCCUCUCUCACUAGCUGAGCUUUCAUCUCCUUUUGCAUGUUUUUUCCAAAAAACCUUUCUGUUCACCUGCUGGCUGGAUCUUGCCUUUGCUUUGUGCCUGUAAUGCAUUGUCACAGGCUGAAGGGGCUGAUUUGAAGAGGCUCAAGGAGUUAUUUCUAAUUGCAACUGGAGUGUGAGUUCCACUUUUCCAAUGAGUUUUCCCUACUUGCCUACUUCUGUCAUUUUGGGAGUCCUUGACAAAGCACAGACCCUUCCUAACUAUUCUACGAUUCUUGCAGCUUGCUGGAAAGGCUGGGGGAGUGGCAUAGUUUAUCAUGCAGGAACAGGGCCACUCUAAUUCCACAGCUCCAGUGGUGUGGUCCAUGUUGUCUCCUUAGAGCAGGGAUGUGCCUAACCCCUCUCCUGUGCCUCUAGAGCCAGUUGUCAAACCGAGUGUUGUUUCACAAGUGUGGGCUGAGGCCAGUCCACCUGCAAGUACUGAGCUCUGAGUUGUAAUGCAAUGUAUUGUGUGAAAUAGGUCUAUCUUGGGGUUUAAAGGUUGAAUUCUCUGCAGGAAGAGGCAUAGACAUUCUCAGCAGGCAAGUAAUUUGUUUACAACCUGUUCAGCCAUAGCAGUCACCAGUAGACUGUACAGUACAGACCAUACCUAAAUUGUCCUUGGGCUGUAAAGCAGCUAAUCUUGCCUGUUCAAUACUACAGCACAAACACAAACCUUUGGAGUAGUCUUAGGUGAAUAAAUACGUUGUUUGUUUGCUCUGU